AUGAAGUGUCCUACUAUCGUUGCAUUCUGCCUCCUCAUGCUCGGGGUGACCAUCGCCACCUACGACAACACCAGACGCAGGGAACUUAGAAACUGCAUCUUCCAGCAACUGCAAAUUGACAACGAAAACGCAGUGGAGAGGCUCAAGCUUGACGACAAUCAAGUGGUCAAGCUUCAAACUUUGAUCAACAACGAGAUCAACAGGGGUACUAUGGAUGAUAUCAGCGACGAGAGACAACAACAGGUCAUCCAGCAUAUCAAGACAGUCGCGGUAAACACUCUGCCCAACGUCCCGACAGACCAGCUUAACGAGGUCUUGUUCAAGUUGAAAGGAACGGCUGGGUUGAAUAAGGCGGAGGAUGAGGAUGAUUUCAGCACAACGUUCCACGUAGCUUAG